AUGUACAUUUUUGUUUCUUUUAUUUUAUAUAAUAUUAAUUUUGCUGUUUGUUCAUAAAUCCAAAUGGCUGAUUAUCAGAUUUGAUCAACUGUGCAACUUUUAUAACCGACGCUUUAGCGUUCUUUUGAACUUCCCUUCAUUUGUUUGAUUACCAUUUGUUAUUUUAUUUUUUUAUUUUUAUUUUUUCUUCCCGUUUCGUUUCUUAUUACGAAUUAUAAGUCACCUUUUUUUUAAGUUGCCAAUGGUAGUAACCAUUUGGGAAGGUUAGCAAUUGAGCGCAGUAUAUAUAUGUGUACGCUCACAUAUGUACAUAUAUGUAUGUGUAUAUAUGUGCACUUUUUUUGGUAAAAGUUGAGCAUUAUGAAGCGUAUUAGAGCUGUCCCCUAUAUUUUUGUUAAUAAUUAUUCCUAAUACCAUGAAUUAUUUGAAAGUGUUGAUUUGUGUAAUAGUUUUGCUCUUUCUUUACGCCCAAGAAUUAAAUGCAUUGCGAGGAAAGAAGAAGGAGAAAUAUGUGUUGCCAAAUUACGAUGACCUCUUUUUGCGAAAUGGUGGUUACAAGAUAAUUCUACCACAUGAAUAUGUAGACAAUAACAAUUUGAAAGAAUCCCUUUUGCGCAUGAUUAAAAUUACAAGGAACAAGUUUAAAAAAAUAAAAAAAUCCAAAACAAGACUUCGAGAUAGUUGCUACCAUUUGGGCCUGCACCUUGGCUUGCGUAUUUUACACCAUCUUACUGUUUUAAGCAUGCGAAUGAUGAAUCUGCACAUCAAAAAGCAAGCCAGGCGUAGGAGUAAGGCGAAGAGUAAAAAUUUACCUCCACCUUAA